UCUCGACUCGAUACAAUUCCUACAAACCCCCGAUCGCUACGCGACUGAAUGCGCUAAACCCAGCGGUCCACGAUCGGGUCUACAUCUGCCGCAAUACCCCCCUCCCACCCUUCCUUGGGGAUCCCGCAUUCCAUCCUCCUCCGCCUCCGCCGCCGCGAUAACACAUAUAUACCCGCCACACUAUGAUACGCCUAUUUAACCGCUUCUACGCGCUAUGCGCGGUAGCGGCGUGCACAAUCCUGUACUCAGCUUGGUUCUUGACCUCGCGCAGUCUCGGCGACAUUGUGCCCCUGGCUUCGGAGCAGUUUCGGACGGCAUCUUCGUUUGAUCAGCGAUUGGUGGUGUUUGGGGAUUCGUGGAGUGAUAAUGAGACUGAGGAGGAACAGGGGAGAGUUUGGACGGAUUGGCUUUGUGGGAUGUUCUCGUGUCAUCAAGAGAAUCUUGCUCAAACGGCACACUCCGCUGUUCGGGGGAAAUAUACCGGCUCAGUGGUGGAUAAUGCCGAACUAGAUUUGUUUGGUCGCCUGUCUCGGACCAAAUUGGCUGAUUUCAAGACCCAGCUUAAGCAAUGGCUGGACGCGGAGUCGGCCUCGUUGAUGGGUCUUUCCGAGGAACAGAUUCGGUCCCGCCAGGAUCGGACCAUCUUCGCUGUCUCCUUUGGUGUCUGGGACAUAUGGAGUCUUAUCGAGAAGGACUAUUCUACGGCGGAGGGCUCGAUUGACCGGCGUAUUGCGACGCUCAUGACGCAGUUGAACCAUUUAUCUGAACGUUGGGGCUCGGGUACUGAUAAGCUCAAGGUUAUCCUGACGCAGACGGUUGAUGUGACCUUUUUACCUGGGUUUACGACUACGGGCGGUGAUGAGUAUAAGGAUGCGGUGCGGAUUCUGGAUGCGUGGAAUAAGAAGCUACGACAGGCAGCGAAGGAGUGGGAUCGUGGGACGAUCUACCUCUUCGAUACGAAUGCCUUUGUGAUGGAUCGGAUUCGGGAUUGGCAGUUGUAUGCUGCGGGUAUCGAGGAAGAGAAUGGAUUGGGAACGAACCAGGAUCCGGGUUGGGAGAAUGUUGGGAAUGCUUGUGUUGAGAGUGACGGCAUUCAAGUCAUGAUGUCAAAGGAUAAGUCUAAGGCGAAGACGAAGAAACCGUGUGAACAUCCUGAUAAGUAUCUGUUCUGGAACGAUAUGCAUCUGGGACCUAGUGCGCACCGUCUCAUGGCGACAGAGAUUUACCAUGGGAUUGAUGGAGUUCUAUUGAAUCCCAAGGACUCAGACAGCACCGGGUCCGGAUCUGGAAUUGGAUCUGGAUCUGGAUCCACCAGCACCACCAACUCGGACGAAGUUGCGCCCAACACCGACGCAGCAUCCAAGCGCCACAACCGACGGGGCUUUGCAGCUUAGACAUUGUCAUGAAUCAAAGACCAAAAAAGACCAGAUCACAAACCACAAACCAUCCAUCCAGCCCAUGCUGUUUCCAUGUUCCACGGCCCGUCUUGCAGCGGGCUCCGUAGAAAGGGAUGGGAGAAGAAGAAGGGGGCUGCUACCCGCGUCGACACCAAACGGGCUGUCAUGUCCCUGCCCAUGUCCAUGGCCUUUAGGGCUUCUAGCCAGCAAGAUGGAUGGUACCAGAACAGAAUUGAGCAAGACGAGACCCUCAUCGACCGGGCCAGAGAGAGAAACCGGGGAAAAGUCACCCUUCGUGUUUCCUCUCUCCUGUCUCUGAUUCUUGAUUCUUACCUCCUGUCUCAGUCUCCGUCUCCAUCUCAGACUCCAAAAAGACCUCAUCUCUGAAUCAGUGAAUUAGCCCAUAGUCUACGGAGUAUGAAUGUCGAAUUUCCAUUUCC